AUGCCGCUCUCAGCGCGAGUCUCGCCCGCAGCCCAGCGCGUCAUCCGCGAAGCUUUCACCGACCUCGAACGUACCAUUUCGGAUAAGGACAGGGCAGACUUUGCCAGCACGACAUUGGAAAAUGUGAUCAAGGCUGCUCAUGAGAUCGAGAACCAGCUCGCCGCGCGCCAGUUGCUGCGGAACAUGCGGCGCCUGGUGCCGUUGUUCACCGGGCUGGAGUACUACUCCAAGUCGAUCGAGGUUGUCUGCAAUGGGACACCGUAUCUGCCUUGGAUAUGGGCACCGAUCAAGCUGAUUCUCAAGAUUGCAUCUGACUACGUCGACGCGUUUGAGAAGAUCACAGGGGCGUACGCUCGGAUAGCAGAACCCUUAGCCAGGUUCAAGAUUCUCCAUCAGACAUACUCGAAGAACAUGGAACUCCAGCAGACCCUCGCCAUUUUCUACUCGGACAUUCUCAAGUUCCACAAGGAGGCGUACAAGUUCGUGCGUAGGGGCGGCUGGAAGGUGUUCUUCAUGACUUCCUGGGGCUGCUUCCAGCGUCGGUUCGACAGCAUCAUUGACGACCUCAAAGCACAUGAAAACCUUGUCGACAAGACCGCCAGCGUGGUGGGACUCUCCGAGGCGCGGAAGAUGAGGGAGGAUCUGGUCGCUUUGAGACGAGAGUCGCUUGACAAAGUCGCGAAGGAAGAAGAGGAGCGCACAGCGGCGCAAUACGUUGCCAUCGUCGGCUGGCUGAAAAUGGACGACACUGAACAGGCCAAGAUCUUCGAGUCCGUAAUGGAGGAGCCCGAGAAAUAUUCCGAGACUUGCGAUUGGAUAUUUGGCCAAGAUAAGAUCGCGGCGUGGAUGAGGUGUAGCCAGGAGUCGACUUUCCUCGUCCUUCACGGCCAUCCAGGAACCGGGAAAAGUGUGCUAGCCACUCGAAUCACCACUUUCCUCAGGUCCUCGGGAAAGUCAUUGGUCGUUUCCCAUAUCUGCACAUACUCGCAGGCGGCAUCUACAGAGUAUGGCCAGAUCCUACGGUCGAUUCUCCUACAACUAGUUCGAUCCGACACAGACCUAGUAGCCUACAUCUUCGAGGAGUUCAUCCUCAGUAAGAAAAGCGUCACUGCACAAGCCCUCGAGCGUCUCAUCCUUGAGGUUAUCGGUGCCGUUUCCAACAACCCCUCGCAGACCAAGUACGUCCACAUCAUCCUGGACGGGAUAGAUGAGUGCGACAAAGAGAAGCAGCUCAAGAUCACCAACUUCCUUGAACGUAUGCUAUCCGCCACAUUCACCUCGACCUCAACAAUCUGCAAGGUUCUAGUCUCGACUCACAUGCCGCCAACUGUGGCCAAGAAGUUGAAGCAGAAGCACGUGGUGUCGCUCUCGAGCGAGAAGGUGGCCUUGGGAAAGGCCAUCGCGACCUAUGCUGCUCAGAGGCUUGGUGCGCUGCGGUCGCGAUGGUUUCAGAUGGGAAUCACGGAUGCCGAACUCAAGGAGCUUGAGCUUCGGCUGGCCAAGAAAGCAGACGGGAUGUUUCUUUGGGCCCGACUGGUCUUGGAGUACCUAACAACCAACAUGUUUGUCAAAAAGACCGAGGUCAUGGACGCUGUCGACACUCUCCCUCGCAAGCUGAGUGAAUUCUAUGGACAGAUCCUCACACAGCUCAUUUCCCACUUCGACAAACGCUCGGUUACUCGCCUGCAGUCAAUAUUGGGCUGGAUUGCCUUCGCCAAGAGGCCCCUCCGAAAAGCAGAGCUUCGCUCUGCUCUCUCAUGUUCUGCUGAAGCGGAGGAUGUCAAUGUUCAGGAGCUAUCUCCGAACUACUUGUUCCUCCAAAGUCCAGAGAGCAAUGUCUUCCUGGACGAGUUCAGCGCAGUCCACGAGCAGGGACUCGCCAUCGCAUCGUGCCUAUUGUCAGGGCUUCAGAUUUUCCAGCUUACUUACCCGGAACAAACUCGAUUUCUCCGAGUGCUUCGGGGCUUCCACGGCCUGCAUGUGUACGCCUCAGAAUACUGGGUAGAGUAUCUACUCUCUGUUGCUGCCUCUGAGAAUGGCCUCGACACGGGCACGAGAUUCUUCGCUCGGUCGCAUGAGCUUUCUAUGGCAUUGAACUCACUGCACUCGACAGAGGACCAAGGGUUGGAUCGGAAAGUGUUGGACGACCGGUUUCUUCACAUUGAGAGCCAUCCUGAGCUCUGGAAUGCAACAGGCGUCAUUGCAUCAGAACGGGCAGUGAAGACCUUCAAAGCUGGCCAAACGAACGAUAGUCUCAGCGAGAUCACAAGUCUAUCUACGCUGUUGCUCAAUUACCAGCACACAGUCCAGGCGCUCCUCCAACUGUGGAGUUUUCCAGGCGUCAGCAUUCAGGAACUCGAAAAGUUCAAGCAAGACUUCCGGUCCACAGCCUUUACUUGCAGGUUCUGGUCCUGCCCGCUCGCCAGCACUGGGUUCGAGAGUGAAGCUCUUCGGGACGAUCACGAAUGGGCGCAUGCCCCUCGCAUGCCCUGCAAGAUACCAGGUUGCCAGUACCCUCCGUUCACCUCCACUCAGGCUUUGAAGAACCACCUCGUCAAGUACCACGACCAGGAAACGCCGUCGCCAGGAGAUUAUUGA